AUGCCGGGCCGUCGUAGACGCCCACGGCCACCAAGGCCUCCUACCUACCCUCCCAACUCCACCUACACUGCUCCCAACCCUACCUAUCCUACUUCCUACUCUGUUUACCCUGCUUCCAAUCUUGCCUACACUGCACCAAAUGCAGUGUACAGCGGCCCCAAUCCUGCCUACACCGCCCCAAAUGCAGUGUACAGUGCUCCCAACCCUGCCUACACUGCUCCAAAUUCAGUGUACAGUACUCCCAACCCUGCCCACACUGCUCCAAAUCCAGUGUACAGUGCCCCCAAUUCAGUGUACUCUGCUCCCAAUUCAGUGUACUCUGCUCCCAAUUCAGUGUACUCUACUCCCAAUCCAGUGUACUCUGCUCCCUACCCUGUCUACACUGCUCCCAGCACAUAUUGUCCUCCACCCCAAAUGCCAGUGUCAGCACUCGGCACAGGAGUCCAGGAGCGUCCACCACCCCAACUGCCAGUGUCAGCACUCGGCGCAGGAGUCCAGGAGCAUCCACAAACCCAACUGCCAGUGUCAGCACUCGGCGCGGGAAUCCAGAACCGUCCUCAAAAUAGCCUCGCAAACAGAGAUGAUGUUCCUCGGAAGAUCAUCCCGGGCCGAAGGGUCCGCGUGUGCCCAAAACCAGCCUGGGAAGAGUGGCCUCCUCGGUUUCCAGGCGGUGGUCAUUUCAGAGAUUCCUUUCGAAAUGGCCGCCCAGUUACGCCUCCCACUCCCCCUCUCCGGACUCCAUCCCCCCCUCAAAAUCCCAUUCAAAAUAGCCUCCCAAAUACGGCUCAAACACCUCUCCAGGGCACAUAUCCGCCCCAACUUCAAGCUCCAAACCAGAGUAUUACCCAAAGUCAUGAGCCCGCAGGUGGCAGUCAAGCUGCGCAAGAUGCACCGCAACCAGACCCAAGUCCCUCUGCAUACACAUUCAGAGGCACCAAAACAGACCAAAGUCUCUCUGCAUACAUAUCCAGAGGCACCAAAACAGACCCAAGUCUCUCUCCUUAUAUGUCCAAAGGUACCCAAACUGACGCGAAUGGGGUUCCACAGCAACCAAUCGAACCCCAGCCUUCUGCUUCUCCUUCCCCUCCCCCUCCCCCUCCACCACCCACAAACAAUAUACCCAACCAAUCCCUCUCCAACCCACUCUUCCACUAUGCAGAAGACCAGGGUCAGAAUCAAGGACUGCCAAGUAGAAGGCAGGCAGACAACACGCGAGAUCCCUUGAGGCAACAGGCCAAUUUCGGCGGCAUAACCAAAAGAAGGCAUACUGCGAAAAUCACAGUGGCCAAGGCCAAAGCGGCAGCAUGUCUUCAGGACAUUUUUGGAUCAGAUUCCACCCUGCGGCUAGCAGAGAGAGACACAUUCAACGCUCAAAACACCACGGCGUCUGUGUCUAGGAAUGAUAGUGCCCUCACCAUCAUUCGGGAUGUGGAUGUUGAUAUGCCAGAUGCACCCGAUCUUGACGACAACGGAACUGGAUAA